AGCGGGUGUGACGUCGGCGGGCUUCGAAACACAUGCAACAAACCUUGAGCCAAAAAAUAAUAAUGGAAGCAAAGGCAGCAGCAAUAAUGUGGGAGGCGUCGAGCAAAGGCAGCAUGUGCAGCCGGAAAUCCGUUAGCUUUGUCUGGAGUUAGUCAGUGAUCGCAAACCACAAUUGUUUGCCUCUGCGUCAUGGUUUCUCUAGACUUCCCCACCACGCGCGUACCUUUUCCCAACUUCACCUGUGAGGUCCUUGUGGAAGCUACCACACCUUGCACAGUAAAACUCGUUCUUUCUGUCUCUAGCGUUCUUUUACUCGCCUUCAGCCUUGACAACGCAUAGAUAGCGCCCUGCAGCUGUAGCGCCGCAAUACUUUCUCAGGCAACACAGCACUCCACCACGAAAACACAGCAACCGCCAAGAUGAGCACAGGAGCAAAGAAGAGGAUCAUGAAGGAGUAUGGCGAGUGCAUGGCCGACAUGCCUUCAGGCAUGAAGAUCAACUUUGAUGAGCAGAACAUGACAAAGUGGGAGGUUCUUAUGGAUGGUCCUGACCAGUCUGUGUACGCGGGCGGGCACUUCAAGCUCGAGAUUACAUUCCCCAACGAAUACCCGUUCAAACCGCCAGUCGUUUCGUUCCGCACCAAGAUCUACCACCCCAACGUCAGCAACGACGAUAAGGGUUCCAUGUGCCUGGGUCUGCUGCGUCCCGACGAGUGGAAGCCGCCGAACAAGGUCGUUUCGGUCCUUCGCCUGAUUCAGACUCUCCUCAUCGAACCAAACCCGGACGACGCUAUCGAACCGUCUAUUGCCAAUGAAUACAGGGAGAACCGCAACGAGUUCGAGAAGAAUGCGAAGGACUGGAUCAAGCGCUAUGCGAGGUGAGAAGGACGUCACGCGACCACGACGGGUAGGGCCGCCUGGAGCAACAAGCUCCCAAUCGAUAGAUACACUGCAUUUCGGGC